GACGCGCCAGACGUUGUAGGGGCUGUGUCGUUGUUGAGGAGACUCGACGGGUUUGGACUUACGGUAUUUUCGCGCUCGCUAACAGGUCAAAAUGCAAAUCUUCGUGAAGACCCUGACUGGCAAGACCAUCACCCUGGAGGUGGAGCCCAGUGACACCAUUGAGAAUGUGAAAGCCAAGAUCCAGGAUAAGGAAGGCAUCCCCCCUGACCAGCAGAGGCUCAUCUUUGCAGGCAAGCAGCUGGAAGAUGGCCGCACUCUUUCUGAUUACAACAUCCAGAAAGAGUCCACCCUGCACCUGGUCCUGCGUCUGAGGGGUGGUAUGCAGAUCUUCGUGAAGACCCUGACCGGCAAGACCAUCACCCUGGAGGUGGAGCCCAGUGAUACCAUUGAGAAUGUGAAAGCCAAGAUCCAGGAUAAGGAAGGCAUCCCUCCCGACCAGCAGAGGCUCAUCUUUGCAGGCAAGCAGCUGGAAGAUGGCCGCACUCUUUCUGAUUACAACAUCCAGAAAGAGUCCACCCUGCACCUGGUCCUCCGUCUGAGGGGUGGCUGUUAAUUCUUCAGUUUUGCAUUCAUAGUGCCAGUGAUGGCACUACUCUGCAUUCUAG